GCCAGCCACCACUUCCAUCCCUUUGCUUGUCUCUUCUCUCUUGAUUUCAUGUCCGUGCAUCGAUGCGCGUAUGGCGUAUGAUGUUUGAUCUCUGGGUCACGAUGUCUUGACCCCGCAGAUGAACAUGCAUGCAAUGCCAGUGCACGCGCCACGCCGCCUCUUGUGCCCGGCAUGGCCUGCUUCUAGUGCUUGGCACCAUGCUGCAUCCCAUGCAUCCCUGCUCUGGCCUAGCUCGUGUCUGUUGCCUGUUGAUUUUUGCCAAUGCCUUUUCUGCAAUCUGAAUGUUAGGAUGGGCCAAACUUGUUGGGUUGGUGGUCAUGCUCUCCCUGGGAGUAAUUAAUAUCACUUCAUUCACUUGUAUCAUAUUCGGCAUAACUGACUUUUCAUGCUGUUGUCUCGGCACACCCCUCUAGUACUAGCACAUGCAAGCAUUUUGUCCUUCAUACCUAAUGCACGUCAAUUCAUUCUGUGUGCCCUUUCUGCAUGCUGGUGGUCGUGGGAUUUGCCCCUCUGUUCAGUUGUGGUGUCCAUCACAGCUGUACAACAAAUUGUAACGUCUCUGUUUAUGUUCUGGCUUUCGUUUGCAUGGAUUAGCACCUGUUCUCGUUUGGAGUUGCAUGCUGCUUUCUUUUUGUAGAGAAAGUGGAAGUGGCCCUUUUGAUCUUAACAUCGGAUAGUACUUGUUUGCUACGAGUGAGUUGUAAAGACCACCUUGUCUCUGCUCUGUGUUAAUACCUGGUGGCCUUAAUAGUUCAUCUCUGAUAUCGUAGAUGAUAUUUUCUACUUCUAAUCUGCAGUGUCUGUAUCUCACUGUGCGUCUCUUCUAGUCUGCAAUGUCUGUAUCUCAGUGUGUGUCUAGAGUAUUGUAGGUGACAUGUUGACAUAGAUAGCAUAAGUGUUAUAUCUAUGAGUUUUACUGCAUACCAUAUACAUUGGAUGUUCUGAAUCCGAGAUUUUGCAUUGAACCUAAAUUGUUUGAGAAGGCACAUUUGUUUCUUUUGGAGCCUAAUGAUUGAGGCAACAAUUGUCUAAUGUCUACUCAAAGUGUUUGAGAAGGCACAUUUGUUUCUUUUGGAGCCUAAUGAUCGAUGCAACAAUUGUCUAACGUCUACUCAGAUGUGCAAGUCAAUUCUCAUUUGAUUUGGCACCCUUCUCUUUUUGUGGCUGGCAAUCAUAGUGAUGGUAAUAUGUCAAUGAGAUCGAAGCAUGGGCAUAUCAACCACGACAAGCUGACACCUGCUGCCUUUGAGAAGCACUCUGGAAAGGAGACAGCUGGAAAGUGGAGGAACACUGUCUGGGUAAUGGUUCAGGGAGAAAAGGUGCCACUGUCAAAGACAGCUCUGCUCAAAUACUACUACUUGGCGCACAAAUCUGGCAAUGGUUCUCACAAAGGCCGUAAUGGACGUCCGUCUCACCGUGAUGAGUUCAUCUGCUGCACAAGAUGUGGCAAGGAGAGGAGAUUUCGGCUCCGGUCAAAAGAAGAGUGCCGUGUUUACCAUGAUGCUCUUGCCAAAGUUAACUGGACAUGUGCAGAUUUAACAACUGAUAGGGUCACCUGUGACGACGAAGAGGAGCGUGCAAGCCGUAAGGUCCUGCGAGGCUGCUCCCGCGCACCGUCCUGCUCCGGCUGCAUGAAGUGCGUGUGCUUCGGGUGCGAGACCUGCCGCUUCAAGGACUGCGACUGCCAGACCUGCGUCGACUUCUACCGCAACUCCAAGGAAUAAAUAAUAGGAGGAUCUAACACCAUUUUGGUUGGUUCCAUUGGCCAAGACAGCAAGAAUGCUUCUCAACCAUGUCGAGGCCAAUGCAAUUGCACCCAACGAUCUCGCCCACAGGACUGUAGGGCAGGCUGCUAUUCUAAACAAUUCCAUUCGCCUAGUAUUUUCCAUGGCUAGUGCUAUCGGUUGAGUAGCGCGGGAUGCCAGCCAAUUUUGCUACAUUACUGUAGUACAAUCUGCCAACGGUUCCCGUUAAAAUGCGCAUUAUUCACAUCGUUUAAAGAUCCUUUUA